CUUGUAUUCAACAAAAAGUUAAAUAAAUCAGACUGAAACUGGUAAAAGGAGAAUUAGAAAAUAGGGGAGAAAGGUUUGAAAAAUUGGAUGAUAUCAUCAAAGCAUAUUAUAAUAGAGAUGGCAUUAUAAAUAAGCUGGAUUAUAUAAAGAGAAAAGAAUUUAUUUUAGUAAGUCUUACUAGAUCUUCUUAUUCAAAGAAAGGAUUAAAAUGCCAUUUAUAUUGAGUGGUAGAAUAGAAAUCUCUAAUAUUUUUGAACUAAUAUUAUCAGUCGUUUAGGAACCAUCUUUUUGAAAUCUAAAAAGAGAAGUGAAGUGAAAAAUCAAGUGGGAGACAGAUGUUGCGAUUUGUGAAAACAAUUCUAAUUAGGUGAUAAAGAGGAGA